AUGGACCCUCAACUAAAAUCAACGGGCUCACGCCUCCAAUUCAUGGAUCUGUGGAAGAAACCGUCUUCUAGAUCAUCCCAGCAAUCCGACGAUGCCCCGGAUGGUCGGAUCGCGCACACGUUAACGGCCUGUACGAGGUGUAGACAGCGCAAAUCUAGAUGUGACCCCGGAAUCCCAAGAUGCGCCCCGUGCGAACGCAGCAAUGCCAAAUGCGUCUACUUCGAUUCCUCGCGGAAAUGCACCAUCCCACGGACGUAUAUUGUUUCCCUUCGCGAAAAAGCCCGCGUACUAGAAAAGGAGCUGGCAGAGCUCGAGAAAGAUUUCCAACAUGCCGCGGAUGCCGAAUUGAUGGUCCGCGGAGCGGGUCGCAUUCGGUUCAAGGAGAAUGACGAGUCAAGGUUCUUGGGACCGUCCAGUGGCAUCGCAAUCACCCGCUUGGUCAUGGAAAUGGCCAAACAGAACACCGAUUCGAAGAGUAUCAAAGACGUCGUCCCGGAGCUGACCGCGCAGGAGAUCAAACUGGCUUUUGAAGAAGAAAGCUCCAAGCCGACAUCCAAAGUAUAUCCCAUGAUCAGUUCGAUGCCUCAACCCAAUCUCCCCGCAAGGAAGUCGACCGACCGACUUGUCGACGUGUUUGUAGUCAAGGGUAAGUGCUCUGCCCCCGUCUCCGGUCGCUACCGAGGAUCAUUUGAGCUGAUCGGUACCAUAGCGCAAGCGAUGCUUCCUACGUUACACCUUCCGACAUUUCGCCAGGAAGUAGAUAAUGUCUUUAACGGUUCCGACGAUCCCUGCGAGAAUUUCCAGUUGCGAAUGGUCAUUGCCAUUAGCAUGCAGAAGAUGGGCCCGACCUACGCAGGGCUGGCCGAUAGCUAUUAUCUCGCAGCGCUACCUUACUUAGAGUCUUCUCUGAAACGCAUGGAUCUAAAGUCACUACAGUGCUUAGUCCUUAUCGGGCAAUAUUCCCUACUGACCCCCACGAGAACUGCGGCCUACUGGGUCGUCGGUAUGGCGGUCAAACUAUGUCAGGACUUAGGUUUGACCGACGAGGAUUUGAUCACGCAAGCGUCCAAUGGACGGAGACCCAGUCCUCUAGAAAUUGACAUGCGGAGAAGGCUCUUUUGGAUUGUCACGUCGAUGGAAUUCGGCCUCUCUCACAGCCUUGGUCGUCCUAGUUGCUAUUCUGUCGACCACGAUUAUAUGCGAAGGGUUAAGUUCUUCGAACUGGUGGACGAUGACUGUAUCACACCGGAGGGUAUUCUUCCCGGGUCCCCAGUACUCGGCAAAUGUAUCGCGAUUCACUUCUUCAAAAUGCGACUGCUCCAGGCGGAGAUCAGACGGACUCUCUACCUAAACAAACGCGAUACACCCACCGACGAUCAAGACCCGUGGUUCUCACAGAUGCUCGACAAACUUGAUCACUGGGUGGCCUCCUGUCCGAAGAACGACGGGGGGAGCGGUCUUAGUGAAACAUGGUUUCUUGGCCGGCGAAAUACGAUGAUUGUUUUUAUGUUCCGGCCCUCACCUCAGAUACCUGAGCCCUCGCUAUAUGCGGCGCGGAGGUGCUACGAAGCGUCGAUAUUCAACGUCGCAAUGCAACGAGAGCAGAUUGCGACGGGAUCUGUGGAUUUGACGUGGAUCUUCACUCAAUCGCUAUUCAUGGCCCUCAACACCGUUCUGUGGUCCCUUUCAUAUCCCGAAAUUCGCAAGGAACACUCCAUUGAGGAAGUCCAACGUCAUCUUGAUAUAGCUCUCGACGGUAUCGUGCUUGCCGCGGAACGAUGGCCGGGCGUUGAAUCGGCCUUACUACUCUACAAGAAUCUUGUGACCGCAUGCCUCAAGGCAUACACUACCGAAGAAUCAUUCGUUGUCCAAUCUCCCUCCAACCAUGCUACCCCCACCUCCUCUCAAGACGUGACGAGUCCGCCGUCAAUCUCGAGUCCCGCAAGCACGACCACUUCAUUCCAUUCCCAAAAUGCUCGGGCGGGUAAGGGCUCGAAUCCCGACAGUCUGUCCUCGGGCGCCUUAUCGAGAGGCCCUUCUGCAGAACCGGCGUACUCGUACACGCAAGCUUCCCCCGCAUCAUCCACGACGAUCGAAUCGCUCAAGGCGCCGCAGUACACUCUGUGGGAGCCUCAGCUUCAACAACCCCAACCUCUGCCAGCAUCCGCGCCACCAAUGCCACCUUCAUCCACCGCCACGCCUACUCCCUACACCACUCCGCCAUACACUGACGCGACCGCAUCCUUUUCGGGGUUGGCAUUUGACCCCGAGACCCCACACAACCCGUUCCCGACCGUCAUUCCCCGCGUACAAGGCUGGGACCCGAACUUCACCCUCGGCUCCACGACUCCGGGCCAUCUAGCAUACGUGGAGACGCAGGUGGAUCCGAUGGACUGGAUGGGCAUGAUUGGGAAUCAAUAUUCGCAAUAUUUCAACGGUGCAUUGCCCACUCCGUCCUGGCGCGGACGGACACUCAGCCAGCAGGAACAAAUCGAAUUGAUGGCCUCGUUGGAACAGAACAUUCCCGACGUUUCCGCCCAGCUGAUGCGGGAAACGGGGAUCUUUUAUCAGACCUAA